AGUACUCGACACAGGCAUCCCACCUCCUCCGCCGUUAACAUGAGGACGUGGAUUAGCUUAACCGUGUUGUCCGUGGCGGUGGUUAGCACGCUGAGUUUUCCACGUCCUGAUGCCGAGUACAACAUUCCGACCGUAGGCCUCGGUGCUAGGUCACAAUACUAUGUUCUCCACGACGAUGGGACCUUCAAGUAUGGCUACGACACUGGUGACGGAGCCUACGAGUCUGCGAUGGCAAAUGCUCCCGGGGACGUAUCUGGCUCGUUUGGAUACAAGGAUGCAUCUGGGGCAGACAUAAAGCUGGAUUAUACAGCUAAUGACCAAGGCUUCCUUGUCAGUGGAUCUCAUCUGCCAGUUGCCCCAGUCGCUGACACUCCUCUCGCAUCGACCAAAAAUAAGGCUUCCACUUACGAUGCUCCUAACGUUCCUUCGCAGUCUUCAGUCUCCUCCCAACCAGGUGCUCCUUCACAGCCUGUAGCCGUAUCAGCACCGCUUGAAGAAGCUCAAGUGAGAAGCUCUGCUCUUGGCGAUGGAAGCUACUCUUUCUCCUACGAGACUCAGAGAAGCUCACGUCACGAAACAGCAGACGCUCUCAAUAAUGUCAAGGGAAGGUAUUCCUUUAUUGCUGAUGAUGACAUAAAUAGGCAAAUCCAGUAUGUGCUGGAGCUGACACCGGUUACAUUGCUGAAAAGUGGAUCUCAUCUGCCAGUUGCCCCAGUCGCUGACACUCCUCUCGCCUCGACCAAAAAUAAGGCUUCCACUUACGAUGCUCCUAACGUUCCUUCGCAGUCUUCAGUCUCCUCCCAACCAGGUGCUCCUUCACAGCCUGUAGCCGUAUCAGCACCGCUUGAAGAAGCUCAAGUGAGAAGCUCUGCUCUUGAUGAUGGAAGCUACUCUUUCUCCUACGAGACUCAGAGAAGCUCACGUCACGAAACAGCAGACGCUCUCAAUAAUGUCAAGGGAAGGUAUUCCUUUAUUGCUGAUGAUGACAUAAAUAGGCAAAUCCAGUAUGUUGCUGGAGCUGACACCGGUUACAUUGCUGAAGGAGACUCUCUUCCUCAAGGACCACCUGUUCCAGGUGCAGAGACUGGCAUUCCAACUGGACGCAUUCUUCCUGUUCUGUCUGAAGAAGAGGCUAACGAGCUUGCCGCUGCCACUUCUGGUUCUGCAGGUGCUAGCCCUUUGACUGGUGCUACCUACAGUUCCCCAAGUGACUCUGUUACAAGGGAUGCAUCUUACUCUUUCAGUUAUGAUGCUGGUCAAAGCUCGCGAUCCGAAAGUGCUGAUCCCAACCUUAACGUGACCACUUACCUGUUGCUCCAGAUGCUGAUUUUGGCUCUCGAAUUCAGUCUUCCAGCCCAAGUGUUGUGUCAACCAAGAGUGCAACUACAGCCUAUGUUGCUCCUGCUCCUUCACGAUCUGCCGCCCCUUCACGACCCGUUGCCCCAGCAGCACCAGUUGAGGAAGCUCAAGUACGAAGCUCUGCUCUUGGCGAUGGAAGCUACUCUUUCUCCUAUGAGACUCAGAGUAGCUCACGACAUGAAAGUGCAGAUGCUCUCAACAACGUCAGGGGAAGGUAUUCCUUUAUUGCUGAUGAUGCCCGUUGAAGGAGACUCUCUUCCUCAAGGACCACCUGUUCCAGGUGCAGAGACUGGCAUUCCAACUGGACGCAUUCUUCCUGUUCUGUCUGAAGAAGAGGCUAACGAGCUUGCCGCUGCCACUUCUGGUUCUGCAGGUGCUAGCCCUUUGACUGGUGCUACCUACAGUUCCCCAAGUGACUCUGUUACAAGGGAUGCCUCUUACUCUUUCAGUUAUGAUGCUGGUCAAAGUUCGCGAUCCGAAAGUGCUGAUCCCAACCUUAACGUACAGGGAACUUUCAGCUUUGAUGCUGAUGAUGGAAUUAGAAGGACUGUGAACUAUAUUGCUGGAUCUGCUACCGGUUUUGUUGCUGAAGGUGACCACUUACCUGUUGCUCCAGAUGCUGAUUUUGGCUCUCGAAUUCAGUCUUCCAGCCCAAGUGUUGUGUCAACCAAGAGUGCAACUACAGCCUAUGUUGCUCCUGCUCCUUCACGAUCUGCUGCCCCUUCACGACCCGUUGCCCCAGCAGCACCAGUUGAGGAAGCUCAAGUACGAAGCUCUGCUCUUGAUGAUGGAAGCUACUCUUUCUCCUAUGAGACUCAGAGUAGCUCACGACAUGAAAGUGCAGAUGCUCUCAACAACGUCAGGGGAAGGUAUUCCUUUAUUGCUGAUGAUAAUGUAAAUAGGGAAAUCCAGUAUGUUGCUGGAGCUGACACCGGUUACAUUGCUGAAGGAGACUCUCUUCCUCAAGGACCACCUGUUCCAGGUGCAGAGACUGGAAUUCCAACUGGACGUAUUCUCCCUGUUCUUUCUGAAGAAGAAGCCAAUGCUCUAGCAGGAGUCUCACCUCUGCUGAAGUCUGGAGAGGGGAGCGACAUUGCAGAUACUCAAGCAGAUGCUUCUUACAAGUUUGCCUUUGAUUCUGAUAGUUAUUCACGGACUGAGGAAGCUGAUGCUGAUGGCAACAUUGUCGGAAGCUAUACGUAUGUAGAUGAAGAUGGAAAAGAACAUACUGUUAGCUUUGUAGCAGGAAGAAAAACUGGAUUUUUGCCCAAAGCAGCUGCAGGAGACGCAACACCUGUAGCAACCGUUUCACCCGCGUAUUCGUCACCUUCGAGAUCAAGCACUGUUACAGCUGCCCAAGCUGCCAGUCCUCUAACAACAACGAAAACUGCAGGGUCCUCAGCAACGGCUGGCAGUCACACAUCGCAGGUCAUAGGCGACGUUCUCCUUCACCAGUAUAAUGCUGCCAACAGUCCCAAAUAUGGUUACGUCUUCACGGCUGUCCGCUGAUUAUGAAAAUAGGCCUCCGUGCUAUAAAGCAUUUCCAGUUUUAACCACAUAAAACUAUGGGAUGUUUGUACCGUGUUAGUCCAAAGGAAACUUAUGCGGGUGUUUGUCCUACUUUUUUCUAUGUAAUUUGCUCGAACAAGAAAUUUAAAGGAUAAAAAGUAUGUUCU